AUGGGCUCGAAACUCCUUCGGCACGACGCUUUCGGACGUCUGAAUCGAUGGAAAGCGCGGCAAGGACAAAAUGAAGCGAAAAGAGGCGACGGCGAACACAUGAGCCACAGUGGCGUCGAGCUGCCCACGUCGUCGUUGCCAGCUCGUUUUGCAACUGAUUUUUGGUCAAUUGCCGGCCCUCGAGUGUACGAAUUAUGGCACAGCCGUCAAUUCGGAAAAAAAACUUUUCUUGGCAGCUAUUCAAUUCGACAUCUACCCUAGUCUGAUCUUUGCGCUAUUUCAGAGUUGUAAAAUUCAGAUAAAACAGCACUUCUUAUUUCAGAAUCACAAAAAAGCAUAAGAUUCACGGGAAUAAAAAAUAAAAAAGAGAAAUAAUUUCAUUGGCGUGAAGUGCACGGGACAAAGCGCAAGGCAAAAAGCCUCCGAUAAAUGGAAAAAAUCACCGGAAGCCAGAAAAGCCGUUCUCUUCUUUGCCAUUUCACAAUUUGAAAUCAUCGAAAAUUCAAGUGACGUUUCUUACAAUUAAAAUCGACGUCUUGGAAAGAAUCUUAUUUCUUCGGCUCGAUGAAAUUCGAAAUCACAAAAGCUUAAAUUUAGUUAUUUUUAGCUAGAACAGUUCUAUUAGUAGGGGCACUUGAUCUUUAUAAAAGUUUCAUGAACAUUUUCCGUAGUAGUCAAAUAGGAAAACAAAACAAAAAAAAGCUGGAACAUUUUAUUUCUAGUCAUGUGAACUUCGGAAAAUUGGUGGGAGUGACAAAAAAGGCGCCACUUUUUUUUUCAAAUAGCUCAGUCUUUUCCAAAAUUCUUUAAUUCUUUUCAAAAUGUUCAAAGGAGCAAGAAAUUGGAAUAACGUUUUUCUUUGGCUUUUCAAAUCUUGCAAGUAGUUAGUUAGUCCAAAAAAUCCAUUCAAGGUUACAGAAUUGAGUAUGACAUUGGAUGAACCUUUGAAAAUUUCUGUUCGCUUUCAAAGUUCAUGAGUGCUUGUGUGAUUUACGAAUGAGCUCAGAAAAGAAAUGAGGAGAAUUGAUAGCUGGAAAUUGCGGUAAACCGAUGGUGGAAGAUGGAGAAAUCGCGAGGCACGUAGGGGCCACAGGUAACCAAGGCGCGCCUAAGCAAACACCCGCACAAAUACCAACUCAGAAUGACGCCGAUCUACCAACCUCGAGAGAUCAAAGAAAGGAAAAAUCGCUUGUUUUGUUCUAAGUCUGAAGCUUUCUUAACAUACUGCAAACUGAAGUUUAAGUUGAAGGAAAUAGGAGAAAUCUGAGCUUUCAAGUUUCCUAAAAUAGAAGAAAAAAAAAUAAAGUUCAACCCAAACCGCGUCAUUUUAUUCGUCCUUUCAAUUUUGUAUGAAAAAAUUUGGGAAGUUCACAAAUUCUAGCUCGAGAAAAUUUCCAAAUGAGACUAUAUGGCUUUGAAAAACAAAAACGAAUAAAAAUUGCGUUGGAAGCUUUUUUUAAUCUUUUUUUUUUUCUCAAAAAGUAGCCGAUGAUUUGUUCAGUUUUUAUUGUAAUAGAAUCGUUUGAGUUACUGGUUCAGGAUUCUCAGCUGCCUGGAAAAAUAAAAUAAAAAUAAAGUGUGUUUGGUAAUUUCUUAGUUUUUUUUUCGAAAUUUUCAAUUCGUGAUCUCUUUUUGAUUAUGUAGAUAGGAAGAAAAAGUAAAGGCUCAAAAAAUGUCACCUUGAUUUUUUUCGAUUUACCUUCUUUUUCAACUUUUCUUUCGGAAUGUGGUUGUUAGCUCUUUUUUCUUUGAGUUGAUAAUAUAGAAAACCUUGAAAUCUACGACUUACAAAAAAUCGGAGAAAAAUCUAACAUUUUUACAUCCAAUAAAACGACAAUAAACUUCAAAAGCGGGCACAUGCAAAAACAAAAAAGAAAGAUCUCGUAACGCUUAUUUGUACAGACGAGACAACUAUCAAGAACAGUGGCGAAGUGCAGAGCUGUGAUCGUUUGAGCACGAAGCAGCUGCCUGGUUACAAUUUAUGCGAUUUUUAACCAGCUACUUGUGCAAUAUUUUUGCCGUUUUCCCUUUUUCAUCUCGUUGAAAUAAAUAGAAAAUGCGAGAUAAGAGAGCGACAAUAGGAAAAAUUUGAUCGGAUGACGGCUCAAUAGGAUGAGGGUGCUUUUUUGUCGCAUUUUACUAGUGAUCGACAAGAGGAACACAACGGUGAUUACCUCUAUUGAUAGGAGAAAGUGUAAAAGUACGCGAUGAGAAAUAAACAGGUAGGGAGAUGAUUGAUGAAAAAGUCAUGCGCCAGAGAAACAGGCUGAAGUCGGAUAUGAUUACUUGAUUUGAAAACUUUGAUGAAACUUUUUCCAGUUCAAAGUUGAAGCUUUUUAGAAGGAUGAAAAGUUUGGAUAAAAUUUCAACAAUAAUCGUUGAGAAAUUUUUUUUUUGAUUUUUUAAGGUCACGCAAGGUUUCAGCGUCUUUUAACGCCCCAGCAAGAACUUUUGAGUGGAUGAAUAUAAACAACCUUCAAAACGUUUUUUGAGAGCGUAGUAUUUUUGGCUCGGUGCCAAUUGAAGCCAAAUACGCUUGAAAAUAGCGCUACGAUUUUUUCUUUAGAAACUAAAACAUUUAGAAGGAUUUCUGAAUGUAUCUCUUCUCUUAUCUUGAUGAGUUUAAAACACAAUUUUUCUCAGUUUCGAUUGGAAACUCUGUCUCGAAACUUCAUUUUGCAGUACAAUUGAUUCACCGUUGGUUCGGGAAAUAAUUCAUGGCUCAGCAGAACGGUGUGGGAAAAUGAGAUUUAUAAAGUUCUUCAUUAUUAUCGUCUCAGGCUCCUGGAAAAGGAAGAAUGCCGAUGACAAAAAUUCAAAGUUAAAAUUUGGUUUGAACUUGAAAUACUAGGUAUAUUCUAAGACUCUGUCGAUAAGGCAAGUGGAAACGACGAAAUAAAGACCAAGUAUGUGCAAAGUAUCAGAGAGAGAGGGGUUUUUGUUGUUGGUUCGGCAUCGGAAACCACAGACGGUGGCGAGGACGAGAGUCUGAGCCCCAGAGGCAGAAAAUUGCGCGAGAGGCCGCCCAUACACAACACGUGCGGCAUGCGGAAAGGGAACGUCGUCGUUGUUGAAAAACAAGAAGUGCAUGAGGGUUUUUGCCUCGACGACACUGUCGGCCAGUGCGAGAGAAGGCCUGCGGGCGAUGCGACGUCGCCAGCCGCCGAAAGUGAGAGCGACGCUGAGAACUGGUCUCCAGUCGCUUCCUUCUUCCGUCUGCCACGCGACUUCUCGCCCUUUUCCGGACUCUACUUUUCAUUUCUUCACGCGGAACUUGCCAACUUUCUACUGUGUGUCAAGAUGAUGUCUUAUCGGUUGUUUCGGCCGCAAUUACUAGUCAUGCAAACAACUUUCACUUUGAAAAUUCAGAAAUGA